AUGAGACUUAAAAUAAUUAUCCAUUACCAGAAUAAUUCAACUGAAAAUAUUGUGCUAGUUACCAAGCCUCAAUAAACUAUUGAAGAUUUAUGCAACCAUUUAUCUAAGACUUGCAAUAUUCAAAGUCCAUAAAUCUGGAUUGAAGGGUUUAGAGCAUUGAAUGAUUAAAUUGUUGAGAAUCUCGUAUUAAAUAGUGAAAUAAUACAGAUUGUUGAAGGAGUUGGAUCAUCAAAUAAAGUGGCAUAAAAAGAGACAAAAGUAAGAUAGAAGUAAAUAAUUUAAAAUUAAGACUGCAGCAGCGUAGAAGAUGAUAAGCAAGUUUAAAAAAAAUAGCCUUUGACUCAAGAUCAAAACUUAAAGUCUUAGCAUAUAAAAUCUAAUUUAAUUGUUCAACCUGGUUAGUUUUCAUCAAAGUCUUCAUUAAAAAUAAAACCAAAAAUACAGAAAAUCAUUUCCGAGUCAGAGUCUUCCUCUGAGGAUGUUCCGAUAAAGAAACCAUAAACAGCAAACAAAAUGUAAGCAGUAGUAUCAACCCCAGGGGAUGAAUUGAAAAAGAGUUAAGAAGAAUGGAGAAAGUCUUUUAUCAAAAGUGGCUAGAAAACAACAGAGCCGUAGAAAUCUCAAUAAAAUAAAUUUAAUGUUAAUUUUAACCCUAUAUAAUCUAAUGCUUCAUAAAAUCCUGUAAGUUAAACUCAAGAAAGAAAAUAGUAAUAAAGUGGUUAAACCACAUAAAAUACAAAGUUAAACGAAUAUAUUAAAUUAUCUAUCUCACAUAUAAAGGAUGACCCGACUUUAAUUGAAAAAAAUGACGAAAUAUUUUUUAAGUACAAUUAUCUAGAUAUUUAACUAUGCUAACCUACAGUUAGUAAUUUAUUAUAAGGAAAGGUUUAGGACAACCAACAAAAAGAUAAAAAAUUAAUAAUUUUAACAAAAUAAGGCGAUAGAUUAUCAAUAUAUUAUAGUGAAAUCUAAGAAUUGCAAAUUAAUCUAGCAACAGUUUAAUCAUAAACCAGAAAAUUGGCAAUAAAAGUUUUAUCAGAAGGUGUUGAUAGUAAAUAAUAAUAAUAAAAAUAAUAAUAAUAACCGUAAUAAUAGUAAUAAUAAUAAGAAUAAUAAUAAUAAUAAUAAUAAUAAUAACAAUAAUAAUAAUAAAAAGAUUAAUCUGAUACUAAUAUUAAUAAUACUUCAUAAUAAUAAAAGGAAGUUAUAGAUCCAUUUGCCAUUGGCUAAUAAAUUAAUUAUUAUUAUAGCGAUAAGAACUAUUCAAAAGAUGAUUUUAUCUUAUAACACUCAGCUUAAAAUCCGGAAAAAUUUAUGCUAUUUAAAUUAUUAUUGAAUUUUCCAAAAGUUAAAUCAAAAAUUAAAAGUGAAGAUGAUUUAUUAGACAUUGUUCAAUUAUUCCAAAGGAAAACUUAGUAAGAUUUAGUGAAUUUUGAAAUAAAGAAAAACGAUGAAGGAUAAUAUAUGAUUAGAAAGAAGUAAAUUUAAUGAGAAUUUCUGUAUUUAUAAUACAUU